AUGAGGCCAGGAGGCCCCCAGUUCGGUUCUCAGCCUGGUGCUAUACCAGAGCUUGACUACUCAAGUCCCAGUGACGUAGACCUCACCAAUAUCCUUUACAUCCACAACAUCCCCAUGGUGCCGGCCAACAUGAGGCCUGAGCUCGAUACCCGCAUUAAAAGCAUCACCUCCUGGGUGGCUUGGGAGCUAACCAGAAUCGAAGACGGGGUUCAGGACAAGAUCAGGGAUCGGGACUUGCCAAUGGAUGACUCCAUGGCCUCAAAGCUCAAGAGAAUGUCCUACCGAUCCAAGGUACUUGACUAUACUCGACGAGUUUCGAGAUGGCUGGUCGAAAACCUGAAUCCUGUGACUCAUAGCUCCCAGGUCAGUGAAGGAGAAGACAAGAUCAACCUUGCGGUCGCGCAUAGUAUUCUUGAAGCCUUUGGUACUCCGAGUUCCCCACAGGUCCUUAACGUCCUGAAGGCUACUACUCAGCCGCACAUGUUCUGCGUCAUUGACUAUGAUCAUGACACCAUCCGCGAAACUAUCACCGCUACCAUCAAGACCUUCUUCUUCAACGUGACCGUGACGGAAAGUCAGGAUCCGUCAUCUCACCCGGCCAGAGGCAACUUCUCCCAUCGCAAUAACGCGUUUGCACCGCCGGAAGCCAAGUUCUAUAAGGCCCGGGUUGAGUAUACUCACACCGAGGCCAAUUUUGAAUUUCGCCUCUGGAGCGAGAAUGCACCAGAAGAAGCGACUCGUUAUGCGCUCGGGAAGCAGGUUCUUGCUCAAAGGCAGCUCCGUUUGUUGAAGGAAUGA